AUUUUAGUAAAUCUAAAGGAAAUUCUUCUGGUGAGCUAAUUGAUUGUGUUAAAAUUGACUAGCGUUUACUUUAUCUUUGGUUGCCUGACUCUGCGUAAAAAGUGAUUUUUUAGGUACUCUUGAGAACACUAGGUGGGUCUAAUGGUGUUACGAAUUCAUCCUUUAGCGUUUAUCUUCCUUCUUAACUAAAUUGAAUUGAAUGGAUUGAAUUGAGCUCAAUUUGUACCUAUUUUCUCUUUCUUUUCGCUUAACCUGCAUGUAUUAAUGCAGUUGUGUGCUCUUCUUACCCGUUCGCCCAUGCAAAUCGCCCAAACACUUGUUCUUUGGCGAAUAUGUGUCCCAUCUUUCGUGUGCUUAUUCAACAGCCACCACCCAGUCCCAGUUUAAAGUGUUCAAUUUGUAUCCUUCUUCUAUUUUCUCCUCGCUUCUCUUCAAUUCACAAUUCUAUCGCAGAGCAUGGGUACAGAACGGGAUGGCACUAGUAUGUAUACGGCGGUUGUUGUUUUCACAGCGAGCUUGAGAGAAGAUUCUGCUGCCCCGUUGAUUAUUCUCGCCUUCUCCCAAUCUUUUCACUCUUAAUUGUUUCUUCUUCUCAUUCCUAUUGUGUGUUCGAGAUUUUUCUUUUUCUCUUCAGCUCCUCUUUGAAAGCAAAUGUUGUUUCUAUUUGUGCUAGCUUGUCCUUACCCCCUUACUUUUCCAACCCACCGGUCCUAUGCACGUAAAAGUGCUUUGGUGGCCUUUCUCCAUUUGCAAUGUGUUUAAUUUUUAAUUGCUAGCUUUAUUUCCAAUUUAAACAUUCCACCACAAAUUGUCGAGGCGCUGGAGAAAAUGGCCGUCUGUACAAUAAAAUUAUGUAACCCGAUUGUUUAUCUACGAGAGGCGCUGACUUCUCCUAUUCUACUUGCUUACCGGUCAGAAUAUUAUGACUCCUGCCAGAUCAAACGCUUCGGAAGGAACUAACGACCAAACUCAUUCAACAACGCUCCAACUCAGCUCCCUUUCUUCCGUUUCUUCUAAUCCACCUCCUCCUCAUUUGGACUUAGAAAUAUCUAAUUGCAUCUCAAAUCGGGAAGAGCUAAAUUCUAAUUCAAUUUCAAACAGCCACCAGAUUAAAACAACAACGGCGAAAGGCGCCCAAGUGUGUAGUUCUUCUAAAAAUAACCCCUUGACCUACAGCAUCACUAAAAGUGUCAACACGGAUGAAACAAGAAAGCGAAGCAAAGCUACUCGUGACGAAGACUUCAAUGGUAAUAAUAUAAUAAAAGGAUCGCCACUUUCAACUUGGCAACAGGAUAGUUGUAGAGUAGCUGGUGGUGUUGGUGUUUUUGAUACCAGUGGAACUAUUAGCAAAGAUAACACCACUUGUCAUUCAUCAUCCACUUGCAAAGGUAAAAAUAGCGAGUCUUCUAUCGAUCAAGGCUAUUCUAGUGUGAAUAAAACAUAUACUACAGCCGCCUCAAAUAAUACCCAACAGAACACACCAGUAGCAGUUCCAUCUAGUGUGGCGAAGAGAACGUAUAGUAACAGCAACUCCACCGCCAAUUCAUUCAUAACUAGUUGUGUUAUUAGUAGUAGUAGUAGUAGUAGUGUGAGUGUUAGUAAUAACAGAACUCUCGGUGGUAGCAAUCCUUUUGAGUUCGCCGCUGCCGCAGAUGCGAAUUCGAAAGUCUUUGAUGACUGUCAAUAUAACCAAAGUCCACGAGGUCAACAACAAGAGUUUUCAAGCGGCGAUUCAUCGUUGGUGGAAAUAAUGGCGACUAGUGCUGUUAGUAGUAGUAGUAGUCUUUCUAGGAGCAGCAGUACAAGCAGCUAUACUACAUACAACACACCAACCAUAUCAGCAAAUAGUGCAGCCCAAAGUUAUAGCGACCUGAACAAUUCUUUAACCAACUCUAAUAAUAACACCAACUCACUGGUUAAUAACUCCACUAACUACCCUUCGAAUUCAUCUGUCGCAACUUCUAACGCGCAACCAAACACUACCAACCUUGGUUCUCAAUUGGAAAAAGCAAGUAGCUCCUCUUCAAGUAUGACAAAUGGCCCAUCUUUGAACAACUAUUCAGCUGCGAAGAUGACGAUGAUCAGUGAAAGUUCAAACGCAGCAGAGAAACUGAAUAUGCCGACUUCACCAAAUUCACGACAUCGUAGUCGAGGAUUUACUGAUAGUGUGACGUUUCUGGGACAUUCGGGAAUUUCAGCCACGGGCGAUAGUGCUCAAAAUUUGGGAUCGAAUCCCGAAAAAUUUUCGAACAGUGAUUUCCCGUUUGUCGGUGCUGGAACACCACAAGCUUCAUCGACAAUGCAAAAAAGCAUGUCAGAGACAAAGUUAGACUCGAAUAAUGAGAUAAGCAGUGAUGGCUUAGCAUCCAAUUCGACCCCACAAUCGAAAAGUUCAGCGGCGAAAUCUUCGAAGAAAGAUACUUUGAGAGAACAGAAAAAGUUUUACAGACAAGAGAAGAAGAAAUUUGCGCAGGAAAUAAUGUCGACAUUAAAUGAUCCCUCGAUUGAAAUGAUUUCGAAUUUCCUGAAAGUGAGGACCAAUUUGAAAACUUGGAUCAGACUCUAUUGCGUGUUGAAGCCAGGGUUGUUAGUGUUGUAUCGCAGUCAGAAAACGAACAAAAGCAGCCAAUGGGUUGGAACUGUGUUGCUAAGUGCAUGUCAGUUAAUGGAACGACCCUCGAAGAAAGAUGGCUUCUGCUUCAAGUUAUUCCACCCCCUCGAGCAGUCCAUCUGGGCUCUGAGGGGUCCCCACGGCGAGAGUACCUCCCUGAUGGGACUGAAUUUGCCCUCGUGUUACCUCAUAUUCAGGGCGUUGUCUGACUCGGACGGAAAAUGCUGGAUGGACCAUCUGGAGCUGACUAUGAAAAUAGCUCCUGCCAGACUGAAGAGUUCUAUGAACGACACCGUCAACAAUGACAGUCUUCUUGAGCCAGAAGACCACGAAGACUUCUAUGAUCAGGAUCCGGAUAACAUAGAGAAGAUUCACUUUCGAGAGUCUGUCUAUCAGAAUGACCUCGAGGAGGACGUUCUAGAGUCCGAAAACGACGAUGGAAUUGCUCGACUUCACCUCGACAGCUCCUCGACUGUGGAUCCAAACGAACCUACUUCAGCCCCAAAUAGUCCGGAAGUGGACAUCGCAGGAGCCCCUGGGAACCCGGUGGAAACUCAAUACGUGUUGGCGCCACCGGAAGUGAUGGGCGAUUUGGCGGGAGGGGGUCAAGAGGAAGCAGUCCACGGCGAGAACAAGAGUCUGAUUUUGACGCUGGUGAAACAAGUGAAACCAGGAAUGGAUCUGUCAAAAGUCGUGCUGCCAACUUUUAUUUUAGAGCCAAGGUCUUUUCUGGACAAGUUGAGCGACUACUACUACCACUGUGACAUGCUCACAAGUGCAAUAAACCAGGAUGACCCCUUCGAACGAAUGAAGGGCAUCGUCACAUUCUACCUCGCAGGGUUCUACAAGAAGCCGAAGGGACUCAAAAAACCCUACAACCCUAUUUUAGGCGAAUACUUCCGCUGCUAUUGGCAACAUCCCUCCGGAUCCAAAACCUUUUACAUCGCUGAGCAGAUUUCCCAUCACCCUCCAAUCUCAUCAUUUCAUGUUUCAAACCGUCAAGAAGGUUUCGCUAUAAGCGGAACUAUUUUAGCCAAAUCUCGUUUUUACGGAAACUCCGUCAGCGCCCUUUUCGACGGAACUGCAAAGCUAACGUUGUUGAACAAAGGCGAAGAUUAUGACAUAACCUUCCCAUACGCGUUUUGCAAAGGCAUACUGUUUGGAACUUUGAGCAUGGAACUUGGUGGGAAAGUACACGUGAACUGUGUCAAGACGGGAUAUCAUACCGAUAUCGAGUUCAAACUGAAACCUUAUUUAUUUGGCGGCAAGGAUUCCACCAAUACCAUUUCGGGUAGCAUUUCACUCGGUGGUAAAAAGCUUGCGUCACUCGACGGAAAAUGGGACGAUGAAAUUUUUAUGACAGACUUCAGAAAUCAAACGCCUGAAAGAUCAAAAAUUUGGGCGGUCACCCCUGAAGUGAAAGGGAAACGGUUGCCUCGAUAUGUCGUUGACUUUUCCGACCAAGAGGAGUUUGAGUCUGAAAAAUUGUGGUUCAAAGUUGGAGAAGCGAUUCUGAAAGGAGAUCAAAAUGCGGCAACCGAGGAGAAAUGUGUUCUUGAGGAACGACAGAGAAAAGAGGCAAAGGAACGUAUGCAGACAAGCCAACUAUGGGCGACGAAGUUUUUCAAACAAGAUUUGGUAGAUGCAGCUCAGUUCAUAUACAAGUACGACGAUUACAGACCAUGGGAUAAAGAGAACGACAUGCGUCAGUAUGAGAACCAAGGCGUAAUCCGAACGCUCACUAAGCAUAAAAUUGCACCGCUUGUGCGAUCUACCAGCUCACUUAAUGGAAUUAACUCGCGAGGUCCACCUAUUGGAGCUGGGUUCACCAACUCACUCGAUACUCCAGUCGAAGCUGACGAGGAAACUUCGGGCGAUGAUAGAUGGCCCGACUCAGUCUCAGAAACUCAGCCGGUGGUCGGGUAUGCUGAUGCUGCGAAAAAGAUAUCGCUCGGAGCUGUGCCCGCGGAACAACGAACGAGGAGUCGCAAUUCGUUGUCGGUCAGCCGCACUCCAGUCGGAUCCCCGACUCACAGUGCCACCGCGACGCUAGCUCUAACUCGUCAGAUGACCGAACUGGUGGAAGAAAAUACGAAGACACUUCGUUUGAUCCAAACCGAGUUGAAAACAGUUCGAGGCGAGAGAAAUAGAGCGCAUAACAUCAUCACUUUUAUCAUCACUGUUGCAAUAGCACUUUUAGUACAGCUUCUUUUCCCGCAUUUUUCUCACUUGUUCCGAAAAUGAAAAUUGUACUCUAUUUAUUUGGCAUUGAAUACUACCAAGUUGAAGUUAACUUUGUUUAGUUCCAAUUUUGAAAAUGGCUUGUUUUGGAGAGUUUCUCUAUAAUUUAUCAAAUGAACUGUAAUUUUUAGAUUUAAUCGCAUUAUUUUCCAAUUCAAAUUUGUUCUCA